CCUUAGAAGUAAGCUCUGGUAACACCGAAAAAGUACGUUUUUCCAAAACACUUGGCGGAUAACACUUAACAAUGUUUUUAAAUGAUAUUGGCCAGCCUUUAAUUCUUCAGAGAGGUGAAAAAUACGGCAUAUUCGAUGAGCACAGCGGAGCCCUGCUCCUAUCAACAGCCGCCUUCAACGAUCCCGUGGUUCCCCAAAACUGGUGCAAAUACGUGGUAGGAUCUGAGCAGGAGGUCCUACGGCUAUUCAUUUCCAGCUUCCCAGAGAAGUGUAAAUCCAAAACCCUCAAACCAAAUGAACCCACUCAAAUAGUGUACAAUCAAACCGAGAUCACUAUAACUUUGAUACCAGCGGGGAAGAACGAAAAUGGCUUGGAGUCGCGCCUCUUUUAUAUAGACAAUGGCCAGGCGAGAUAUCUGAUUGUGGACCGCCUGUCCGGCUAUCUGGACUCCUUGCCCAAGGCCCAUGGAUCCUUUCACGUUGGCCUCGGUCAAGGAAUCGAUGUUCUCUACGUGGACGAAGAUCUUUUAAGCGAAACCGACUUGAACGAGGAUCUCUACAGCUUUGUGCACCUGGUAAAACCAAAGUUCAUCUAUGGCUUGCGGCAGGGUGAGCUGCCCAAGUGGCUGCUCGAUCUGCGGCAGAUUUGAGAUGAAUGCAGAAAGUAAAAGCCAGCAAGUGUACAGUACAAAAUGAUGCAUUUAAAACAAGAGACCUGCUAACAGUCAAAUAAAUCUAGCUAAGACCUACUA